AAAUCGUUUCCUUGGUCACGUGGCAAGUGUUCAAGGAUGCAAGAUGGCGACGUCUUCCAUAUCGGUGCAGUGCCCUGUUUGUUUGAAAGACUUCACCUCCGACGCUAUUAAUGGUCAUCUCGAUGUUUGUCUACUGAAGGGUGAUGCCGAAGGUGGACCACCGAUGAAAAAGUUUCGUUCCGAAGCUGCGCCAAAGCUUGCGGGUGCAGACCACACGGCGCUUUCCCCUGCUUCCUCUGGAGUAUUCUCCAUGUUCCACGGCAACAAGUCGAAAAGCUCACAUCAAAAUGACACGGACGCGUCACUACCCAACAAACAAGCUAGUGGCGGUGGCGCGGUCAACAAGGCAGUCAAGAGUAGCUUUCCGCCCGAGCUCCAAGCCGAACCCAAACAUUCUGGGGCGCAAAGUAAGAGCGACGGACGAACCUUGAACGCAACACCUAAUUUGGAUCUACGGACACUAUUAGCCUCAAACAAACCACUGGCAGAGAUUUUGAGGCCGAACUCGAUGGAGGAGUACUUUGGUCAGAGCAAAGUUGUCGGGGAACAAACCCUCCUGCGGUCCCUGUUGGACUGCCAGGAAAUACCCUCUCUCAUCCUCUGGGGACCACCAGGAUGUGGCAAGACCACUCUGGCUCACAUCAUUGCCAGCAACAGCAAAAAGAAGGGCACGGCUCGUUUCGUGCCACUCUCCGCCACCAGCGCGUCCACCGCCGACGUGCGAGAAGUCAUCAAGCAAGCGCAGAAUGAGCUGCGGCUGUUCAAACGCAAGACCAUCCUGUUCAUUGACGAAAUCCACCGCUUCAAUAAAUCGCAACAGGACACGUUCCUCCCUCACGUCGAGUGCGGAACAGUCACUCUGAUUGGGGCCACCACCGAGAAUCCGUCCUUCCAGGUGAACGCCGCUCUGCUGAGCCGCUGCAGAGUACUCGUCCUCGAGAAGCUCUCGGUAGAGGCGAUGGGCUCGAUCCUGGACCGGGCGGUGGCGGCGCUCGGGAUCACCGUGCUGGAACGGGAUCAAGCCAAUCCCCAAUGGCCGGACCACGAAGCGGACCCAAACGAGCCCAAAAUUUACAUUGAGCAAAAGGCCCUGGACACAAUCGCCUACCUGUGUGACGGCGACGCUCGGACAGGGCUGAACAGUCUGCAGCUGGCCGUUCAGGCUCAGGUCAGCUUGACCCAGCCUGGACUGACAGGACCAGAUGGUUCCGCCCAGGAAAUUCUUGUGAAGGAAGAACACAUUAAGGAAGGUCUCCAGAGGUCUCAUAUUCUGUACGACAAAGCUGGCGAAGAGCAUUUCAACUGCAUCUCGGCAUUGCACAAGUCCAUGAGAGGCUCCCACGAGAACGCCGCCCUCUACUGGCUGGGCCGCAUGCUGGAAGGAGGCGAGGAUCCGCUCUACGUGGCUCGCAGGCUGGUCCGCUUUGCCAGUGAGGACGUAGGUCUCGCCGAUCCCUUGGCUCUGCCUCAGGCCGUGUCCACUUACCAGGCCUGUCACUUCAUCGGGAUGCCCGAAUGCGAGGUGAUCCUGGCUCAGUGCGUGGUCUACCUCUCCCGGGCGGCCAAAUCGGUGGACGUGUACAAGGCCUACAACAACGUGAAGGCCUGUUUGCGGAACCACAAAGGGCCCCUGCCUCCCGUUCCGCUGCACUUGCGCAACGCACCCACCCGUCUCAUGAAGCAGUUGGGCUACGCCAAGGGCUACAAAUACAAUCCGGCCUUCGGCACUCCGGUGGAGCAGCACUACCUGCCCGAGGAGUUGCGCGACAUUGACUUCUUUACCUGGACGCCAUUGCAAGGAUGAUAAGCAAAGUCACUUGUCCACUCUUCAGCUUAUGUUUGCACUCCUGAAAGUAAAAUAAGACUGAGCAUUG